CUAAAUAUUAAUGUCAUAAUAAACAAUUGACGUUUUAAAUUAAUAUUUUUAAACUAAAGCGGAAAAUAUUUGGAUUGUUAGUUAUCGAAAAUGACAGCCAGUGUGUACACCUUAACAUUGCUCUGUUAAUUCACAGACAAAAGUGGCGGCUUACCGAUAAUCUGACGUUUCACUAAAGAGCGCGUCAAUUUAAAAAUUCAAAUCAUUCAAUCAGUCUCCUAGUACGCUUGUGCUAUAAAUAUCAAAAUAUAUAAUAAGUAAAUUAGUAUCAAACGACUUGCUGAAAAUGAACACAAAACGUAUGAUUUUGAUUGUUUGUAUAUGCAGUGCUUUUCUCUUAGUAGUGAGAGCAGAACCUGAGAAAUGCUCCAAUUUCAAACGUGUUAUCGAAAUACUUGGGAACACAUCGAAUGCCACCAUCAAGCUUGUAGAUUUGAAUAAUAAUACGAAGACUAAUGGAAGUGAUACCAAGGAUUUUAACAAAAUUAAAGACUCGCCUGAUGUUCUCAUAUUAUCGGAUAAAGAAAAUGUCUCUAGCAAUUCAAAGUGGAUAUUAUCAAAGAAUUCUAAAACUUAUCCAUUUAACGUCUUUUUACCGCGUUUUAAGCAUAAACUGAAUGUCUUUCACCCACAUAAGCCCCCUAAAUUGGAUAAAACCCUUUUCCAGACGGCAGAAAAUCAGAACUAUAUUUUUAUCAAGGAAAAACUUUAUAUGGUGCUCUAUGACAAACACUUUUCGCCCAAGUUGAGCAUCGUAAAGCUAAUGUACACCGUAGUCGAUGGAUUCUGGGAUUAAAAAGAUUUUUAAAUUUCCAUUUAAGUUAAUCAAAAUCACAAUGAGUUGGUAUUUGAUGAAGAAAAGUUGAUCGAAUGAGGGACAUAUGUUAAUGCAGUUUGGAAAUAUUUAUUUUUAUUUAUGAUAAAUAUAUUCUUCGCAUAUUUAAAAAAGAAAACAAAAAAGAAACAGGGAAGAAAGGGAACCAAAUGUAUUGUUUAAAGAGUUUAUAGAAAUAAAUGUUAAUAAAGAAAUCAGAGUAUAAAUAA